CUCUUGCUAUAAAACCCGGCGAGAACUCGUUGUACCCGGCGUUCUUGAGCACCAUUACAUCACAUUACCGUUAACGUCCGAGUAAUUUAUUUAUUUUUUACUUCUAAUCUUCUGUUACAAGAUGCCAGGAUAUUCAGACAGAGACCGCGGUCGUGACAGAGGCAGUUACAACAGUGGCCCCCCACGUUUUGGAGGCAACCGAAAUGGACCUCCUCCACCUAAGAAGUUUGGGAAUCCUGGCGAUCGACUGCGGAAAAAAAACUGGAACGUGGACGAACUGCCCAAGUUUGAGAAAAACUUCUACCAAGAGCACCACGAGGUUUCAAGGAAGUCACCUCAAGAUGUUGAGCACUACAGGAGAACCAAAGAGAUUACAGUGAAGGGAAGAGACUGUCCCAAGCCCAUUAUGAAGUUCCAUGAAGCAAAUUUCCCAAACUAUGUGAUGGACGUGAUCGAUAAACAGAACUGGACUGAUCCAACGCCCAUUCAGGCUCAGGGGUGGCCAGUGGCACUGAGUGGCAAAGAUAUGGUCGGCAUUGCACAGACAGGAUCUGGGAAAACUCUCUCGUAUUUGCUCCCUGCCAUCGUUCAUAUAAACCACCAACCAUUCCUGGAACAUGGAGACGGCCCCAUUUGUUUGGUGUUGGCUCCUACCCGUGAACUGGCACAGCAGGUCCAGCAGGUGGCAGCAGAGUAUGGCAAAGCAUCUCGUCUCAAGUCCACCUGUAUCUAUGGAGGAGCUCCCAAAGGACCACAGAUCCGGGACCUGGAAAGAGGAGUUGAGAUCUGCAUUGCCACCCCUGGUAGACUUAUCGAUUUUCUGGAGGUCGGAAAGACAAAUCUGCGCAGGUGCACAUACCUUGUGCUAGAUGAGGCGGACAGGAUGCUGGACAUGGGGUUUGAACCCCAGAUUCGAAAAAUUUUGGACCAAAUUAGACCUGACCGACAGACUCUGAUGUGGAGUGCUACCUGGCCUAAAGAGGUUAGGCAGUUAGCAGAGGACUUUCUUAAAGAAUAUGUGCAGAUCAAUGUUGGAGCUCUUCAGCUCAGUGCCAACCACAAUAUCCUUCAGAUUGUGGAUGUCUGCAAUGAUGGAGAAAAAGAGGAUAAACUGUUACGCCUGUUGGAGGAAAUCAUGAGCGAGAAGGAGAACAAGACCAUUAUCUUCGUAGAGACCAAGAGAAGGUGUGAUGAUCUGACCAGGAGGAUGCGCAGGGAUGGGUGGCCUGCAAUGGGUAUUCAUGGAGACAAAAGCCAACAGGAGAGGGACUGGGUCCUAAAUGAAUUUAAAUUUGGCAAAGCCCCCAUUCUCAUCGCCACUGAUGUUGCCUCCAGAGGACUAGAUGUUGAAGACGUCAAAUUUGUCAUUAACUAUGACUACCCCAACAAUUCCGAGGACUACAUUCACCGUAUUGGCCGUACAGCUCGAAGUCAGAAAACUGGAACGGCAUACACUUUCUUUACACCCAACAACAUGAAACAAGCACACGACCUAGUCUCAGUUCUCCGCGAGGCGAAUCAAGCUAUCAACCCCAAACUCAUCCAGAUGGCCGAAGACAGAGGAGGUCGUUCAAGGGGAGGUCGCACUGGAGGUUUUAGGGAUGACCGUCGUGACCGCCACUCUGGUGGCAGACGGGAUUUCAAUAGCUAUGGUCAGGACAGCCGCAAUGGAGACUCUUAUGGACAAAAGAAGGUAUUUGGAAACAAGAAUCAAAAUGGAUCAAGCGGCUACAAUAGCAGCGGUAACAGUGGUAAUGGCUAUAACGGCGGGUACAGCAAUAACGGACAGUCUAACUUCAGUGGCAACCAGUCUGGCGGCUAUGGAAGCCAAAGUUAUCAGAACCAGCAGUUUGGUGCCAACCAAGGGGGUGUUCAGAAUGGUAUGAGCCACCCCCCACAGUUCCCCUUUAACCCACAGAUGCCCCAGUCUAUGCCCUUUCCCAUGCCCCCUCCUGCCUUCCCACAGUAAAUUCAAUCUCAUUUGCUUCCCUUUAUCUUUGAUUGUUCAGUUUAAUAAGAGUUAUGUAACUUUCUAUGAAACCGGAUUUAAAGAACAUGCAUUCCUCUAUAGAGUCCCGGAGUCUGCUGUGCAGGGUUUUGAUUUUAUUAAUUCCUUUUUUGUUAGUGUUUUCAGUAAGUUAUUUUGUACUGUGUAGAGGUAACCAAGAAGGAUCUACACCUGGUAAAUGUCAAGGGCCUGUUUAGGCCAUUGCAUGAUCCUGAUUCCUCCAAAUAAAAAUAUUAAAAACUG